AUGGGGGGUACGCUAGAGUUCCAGGAUACGGUGGCGGUGCCAUUUGGUCCCUCGGAGGAGCCUUGUAGCGCUGGCAUAUCGCAAAAUGGGUGUCAAACCGAUACGGUACCUACUUACGAUGACAAGGGCAUCAUGAACUUUAUAUUGUUGAAGUGGGUAGUAUUCUGGGCGAAUAAACUUAAGGUCACCUAUUUCAAACUGUCGAUGCUGCCGCAACUUCCUAAGGCCGACCAGAUUUCGUACUGGCAGCCCAUCUUUUCUAAGCACAUCAGUGAUGGAUUGCUCAGGUUAGAGAAGUCAAAGGCAGAAGCGGCGUUCGCUGGGGACGAGGCCAAUCCAACUAAAGCACCUCGCCACCUACUUAUGCGUGCAAUUCUAUUAACAUUCUGGAGGCGCAUCGUGCUCCUUUCGUUUUUGGCAGUGCUUGACAGCGUUUUAAACAUCGGGGUGGCAAUGAUCCUAAAGUUUCUGCUUGAUACGAUGAAAAAGAAGGACCAGCUGGCGAUCAACGUUAUAGCCAUGCUUUUUCUAAUCAUAAUAGUGGAAGUGGUCCAUUCGAUUGUCCAGCAGCAUAAGAACUUUUACAAUCGUCGGACCGAAAUCAUUAUGGAGGCGGUUAUGUCCAUCACACUGUUCCAGCACGGUUUGUGUCAUCGCAAGGAUUACUGCAUUGCAGUAGAGGAGAAUUGCCGCCUAAAUGGCUGCAAGGAUGCUGUGCAUUCCUGCAAGGCCGGGUCCAACUUAUGUUCACCUAACCCGCUUAUGUGUCCGGCCAGGAGACACAAAAAUGCGGAGUUGCCGCCUAGCAUGUACACCUUUCUUUACUUCGAUACCUGCAAUAUGGCAUCCUUAACAAAUGUCAUCACCAGCGUUAUCAGGUUCCUCUGCAGCUUCGUAUUUGGGAUGGUAAUUAUAAGAUCGCAGAUUGGCGUCGACAUACUCUACCCUGCAAUGGCCAUGCUUGCACUGACAAUUAUCAUGGUUGGCAUAGAGUUUAUGAACGGAUAUGUGCUGAAGCAUUUGCUGACAUGCAGGGAUGUGAGACUGGCUAAGAUGAGCGAAGUGAUGGGGAGUUUGGACGUUAUUCAGACGUCUGGAAUGGAGGAUAUUGGAUACAGAGUUGUGAAUGACAGCAGACAGGACGAGAUCUGUUUGCUUAAGCAUCGUGUCUUCCUUUCGCUCAUCAACAAGGCCAUAAUGAACAGUGUUGGCGUCAUUGUGAAACUCAUCGUUUUGCUCGAAUUUAUUAGUCUCGUCAAACGUGCUGCUGAUCAACGCAAUUUUGACUUAGCCGCCCCAAUUACCUUGCUGUUCGUAGUUACCAAGAUCACAACGUCCCUGACAAAGCUCCCCACCACGCUGAAGUUUUUGAUCGAGACGCGCACAUCCUACAGGAGGCUCUCAGACUUCAUAGUGGCAUGUUCCCCGAAUUACUAUUUAAAAGUGCAAGACGUGCCCGAAAGGUCUUCCACAUCUUUGGAUCUUAUGAACAAACCAACAAGCCUCCUUUCCAACAACCAUUUAGUAGUUUACAAGAACGCCAGCUUCGCAUGGUUCCAGACCAUCGAAGAGAGUUUGGAAGAGGUGCCGAUUAGGUCUCCCACAUUGAAUGGCAUUAACUUUGAGCUUAAGCGUGGCGAGAUCAAGAUAAUUACGGGUAACCAGGGUUGCGGUAAGACGAGCUUCAUCAAAGCGAUUCUUGGUGAUAUGAGUCUGGUGUCUGGAAGCAUGGCAGUCGCGCCACUGUCCACUGGGAUGCCCAUCUUCUACACGUCGCAGGAGGUGUGGCUGCCCAGCGGAAGCAUCCGUUCGAUCAUCACGUUCGGGUACGCCUUCGACGAGGACAUCUACAAACGGGUGACUUCGGCAGUCGAACUCGAGUCUGACUUCGCCUCGUGGGAGGACGGUGACAUGCGUGUGAUAUCCGAGAAGGGCUAUUCCUUGAGUGGCGGUCAGCGUGUGAGGCUGAGCCUGGCUCGUGCGUUGUACGCUUACUUGGUCUUCAGCAAGGCCAACGAACGCCUGGUCGGGGAUCGGUGCUGUUUCUUGGUCUGCCUGGACGAGCCUUUCAAUGGUUUGGACCCGACUGUCGCAGGCUCCAUAUUCAACAACCUCUUCAACAAGGACACGGGGCUGCUGGUCGGGGACGACGUUGCCGUGGUCAUGGCGAUGUCACCCGCGCAUCUCGAUUUGUUGUCGACUUCGCUUAUGUCCAAUAAUGUAGCUUGUAUGGAAGUAUUGAACAUUGGUGAUGGUUCUAUACACCCACCCACGGGAUGCAACAAGCCGUCGAACGACGAUUCGCUUUCCUCUCAGCGCAAUAAAGGUUUCACAACGGAUGUUGCUUUCAAGCGUGCUUCGACUUUAACUCGUAUGCCGCGAAAUAUCUACAAGGGUUGCGAGAUUGGAGAGUUUUCGACCAUGAGUGUAGGGUAUAUGUCUUGCGGAAAGCAGACCUCCAUCAGCAACACGGUCGAUGAGGCAAGUGAGCAGAAUAAGCGUUGUUCUACUUCAUCAGGUUAUUUGAGAUACUUGGAGGCUGUGGGAUAUAAAACAUGCUUCUCCAUAAUCGCACUGCUUGUGGCCAGCAUAGUUAUGCAGAAAAUAAAUGCCAUUUACAUUGCGCGUUGGUCUGACACUGUUAGGGACCUCGGAGGUUGUGACCGGGACAGUAAUGCUGAUAUGGAUGUGAUAUUGGCAGCGCAUGAGUAUGAGGCGGUUUUGGUGAAGUUAUUUUCUGCUCUUUACUUAUCCUUCUUGUUCGCUGCUUUCCUCCUCAUGGUUGUUGGCAGUUUGAGAUGCUCUUCGCGGCUCUUUGCAUUCGCAUUAAAUUCGAUUUUUCAUAAGACGUCUUCAGUUAUUGCACUUAAGAAGUCAAUUGGUGGUGUCAUUACAAUGUUCUCAUCCGACUUCGUCCACAUCGACGAGAAAUUUUGCAAACAAGUGAGCAGCACGCUUCUGGGAUUGAUCCGUAUAAUAGCCCAAGCUGUUACAAUGUCCUACACGAUACCCUUGGCUUCACCUGUGCCGAUCAUUCUUGUUUCGGGUCUCUAUUUCUAUAUUAUCCGCCGCUAUUUCAUUCCGGCGAAGAAAUUGGAGUGUCUGAUGCUAGAUGCAACAUCGAACAUCAAUGAGUUGUACACCAGUACAAUUACAGGGUCAUCACUUUACCGCAGUUAUCGGAAGGAAAGUCAAUGCAUCGAUACGAUUACGACACAGUCAGAGUAUUUUUAUAGGUCGAAGUUCCUGAAACUUGCAUUGAACGUAUGGGCAGCGGUGGCCGCCAAAAUGAUGACGUGUUGUAGUGCGGGUGUUAUGUUUUUCAUUUCCAUCAUUUGUCAUUAUGCAUUCGGUAUGGACUUGCGUAUUGCUCAGGUCGGUCUUGGAAUAUCGUUGACUUUGGGGUUUAACGACUCCCUAUCUAUGGUCAUAUACAACAUCGCGGUCGUUGAAAGGCAAAUGUGCUCAUUGGCGCGUUAUAAAGGUUACUUUUUCCAGGGCAAAUCUACAUUCAAAGACAAAUUCGAAUCGAUGGGAGAAAGCGUUUUAUCUGAAUAUUGUGGGAUAGGAAAGACCGAAAAUGGCAAAAUCCGCUUAGCUGAUUUGGAGAAGAGACGAUCUGAAGAAUAUCUCAACCUUAACUUCAGAAAUUAUAUUUCACUUUGGGAUCGUCAAUUUCACAGCAGCAAAAUCGAAUUGUUGGAUGCUUCGCUAUAUGUGCCUCCUCGUCACACAGCCCUCGAACUGCACAACGUCAAGGUACCCGAACCCACCCAGGAAUUCAAUGCCAACAAGAAUUACAUUUUGAAGGGCGUGACUGCGAGCACGCGUGCGGGCGACGUGGUUGGUAUUGUGGGCCGUACUGGUGCCGGCAAGAGUACGCUGUUGAGUGUGCUGCAAAACAUAGCAGCGGGAAGGGAAGGUUCCGUGCUGCUUGACGGCCGGGAGCUAAACACUAUCCCACGCAAGGUGCUGCGUCACAUUAUCGGCGUGCUGCCGCAGAUGCCGUUCGUGUUCAAGGGUUGGACCCUACGUCGUUUCCUCGAUCCCCGUAUGUUGCACUCCGACGACGAGAUCAUGCACGCGUUGGAGUGCUGCGGCCUGAUGGAUCUCGUCCAGUCGCUGCCCGGGGCCAAUCCGCUGGACACUGUCCUAGUGCACGAGGACAUAACGGUGCAAAGGGGCUAUUACGUUAUAAUCCCCCUCAUACGCCUCAAGGGUGGACAGACUGCAACCACCACCGACGACGCCGAGAGGGACGUGUCCACCGAGCGUCCAGAUGGCAACGUGACGUGCUUCUCGAUGAGCCAGCUGCGUUCGUUAUCCUUUGCUCAUCUGGUGCUGUAUCGCAUGACUUAUCGCAUUUUGCUGAUCGACGAGCCGCCCUCCGACAACUGCGCGGGUCAAGACGAGGCGGACCAGGGCACUGCGAGCCCGUCUGGCGCGGAGUCAUCUUCGGACGCGUCAGUGCCCAUCUACGACCUGGUGAAGAUGUUCUUCAGCCACUGCACGACGUUCAUCGUGGCGCACGACAAGAACGUGCUGCGGUCGUGCACUUCGGUGUGGGUGAUGCAGGGCGGCACGCUUGUCGAACGCUGCUCCACACAACAGUUCAUGGACAGGGGGAUGGCUCAUCUCACCUGA